UAACCCACCUAACUUCUCACAAUUUACACCACCUCAUGUGAACAUACUCAACUCGUUCUGGAUGAUCGAUCGGCAUGGAAGAGUCCUCCCCACCGCUACCGACAGCCAACAAGGGGAAGCAAGAAUCGGCAUCGGCUGCCCACUACGCGAAGAAACGAUGUCUGUCGUUGGCAGCGUCCUUGGGAGAAGGAGUUGGGUAUCUCAAAGCCAGUGUGGUGGGUCUGAGCAAGAAACUCACCGCCAAGACUGAGAAGGAGGCCACCGACGCCGAUCUUCAGACCGCAAAGAUGCAGGUUCAGGCAGCUGACCACGCUGAAGAUGUCAAGAAGCGCCUUCAUUAGAUGGUGUCUGUUGUUAUGUCGUAAGGGCGUGUUUGGGCGACUUCUACAAAAGCGUAUUGGUACUGUUAAGGUGUAUGAAUGAUAAUUUUUAUUUUUGAAACUGUCAAUGAAAAA